AUCACCUCAUUUACAUAGGAGCGCCCAUAAAGCGGCGCCCGCCGCACCCCGCCCGACAACUCGGUGGUGGCCACUGCGCAGACCAGACUUCGCUCGUUUUCGUGCGCCUCGCUCCGCUUUUCCUCCGCAACCAUGUCUGACAAACCCGAUAUGGCUGAGAUCGAGAAAUUCGAUAAGUCGAAACUGAAGAAGACAGAGACGCAAGAGAAAAAUCCACUGCCUUCCAAAGAAACAAUUGAACAGGAGAAGCAAGCAGGCGAAUCGUAAUGAGGCGUGCGCCGCCAAUAUGCACUGUACAUUCCACAAGCAUUGCCUUCUUAUUUUACUUCUUUUAGCUGUUUAACUUUGUAAGAUGCAAAGAGGUUGGAUCAAGUUUAAAUGACUGUGCUGCCCCUUUCACAUCAAAGAACUACUGACAACGAAGGCCGCGCCUGCCUCUCCCAUCUGUCUAUCUGGCUGGCAGGGAAGGAAAGAACUUGCAUGUUGGUGAAGGAAGAAGUGGGGUGGAAGAAGUGGGGGUGGGACGACAGUGAAAUCUAGAGUAAAACCAAGCUGGCCCAAGGUGUCCUGCAGGCUGUAAUGCAGUUUAAUCAGAGUGCCAUUUUUUUUUUUUUUUUGUUCAAAUGAUUUUAAUUAUCGGAAUGCACAAUUUUUUUAAUAUGCAAAUAAAAAGUUUAAAAACUUA